AUGGUGUCUCUGUGGCCCUGGAAGUGCCCCCUGCUCACUCUCGUUCAGGGCGAGGACAACUCCCCGGCUUCCUUUGAGAAGACCCUGUCCACGUUGUCGACCAAGAUCGCUCAGGCAACCGCUCGUCUCGACCAGCAGCGCCAAACCACCCGCCGAUUCAAGGCUCUGUGGACCCUUUAUUCGACUUUAGCCUACUUAUUUUACUCGAUCGUUCUUGCACUGGUGCUGGGAUGGGAGAGCUGGGGGGUCAAAGAAUAUGCCGCCAUCGGGGGUGGGCCAGUCCUGAUCUAUGCCGUACGAGCUGUGGCUUCCAGGUUUUUUAACUAUCGUGUCUCCCGAACCCAAACCCGACUCGACGAUCUCCAGAAACAGCGUGAUGAGACCAUCGAGAAGCUCAAGGUGGCCACGAGAUACAAUUCGACGCAGCAGUUGCUUGAGAAAUAUGGCGGAGAAUCUCCACAACAGAGUCCCAAGGGCGGGGACGAGAAGCGCAAGUCCGUCAAGGCACCACAACCAGCGCCCGUUGCCCGAACUGGACUCCCUCCGCCACCUACCGCGAAUAUUCGACGUCCUUCUCCCAUGCAAGAUCUUCCAUCCACACAGGAAGUACCGCACGCCCCAUCCCUGCCUUCCUCCGCUGCCCAGGGUCAGCCGCAACCCUUUCCCGCCGCUCACUCUACCGAUCCCUCUGCCUCGCAACCGGCCACUGACCAACCAGGCUUCGCGCCAAAUGCCUUCCCGAAUUCUGGCCAGUAUAUCGAACAACCACACUGGUAUGACCGCCUGCUAGAUGUGUUGCUGGGCGAAGACGAGACCCAGCCUCGCAACCGCAUGGCGAUGAUCUGCAACACAUGUCGACUGGUAAACGGCCAGGCACCGCCGGGCAUCAAGACGCCCGAAGAGCUUGGUCGCUGGCGGUGCGGCAGCUGCGGAGCUUGGAACGGGGUCGAGAGCGAGACGAACCAGAUCCUCACGACGCUCCGCGACCAGAUCGCGCCGGGAGAGGGAACUUGGGAGCCCGUGUCCCACGCCGAGUCCUCUGACGCCACGGAUGAUGGUGUGAUGGUUGCUGCUAGUGAGGAUGACCAGGCUGACCCCCAGGGCUCGGAUGCGGAGCUUCAGGACGCCCAGUCGGAGCAAGCAGCCGAAGAACCCAAGUCGGAAGAGCCCGUCCGGCGGUCGAAACGCGGCCAGGCCAAGGGAGGCCACAGGAAGGAGUAA